AGUAUACAAUUUGUUUUUAUAAUAUUUUAUAGUCGGAUGCACGAAGUCCGAACCGGAACCAGGAUGGUUGGAAAACAUGAACGGACCCACAGGAGUAUUAACAGGUGUCAUGGUCGGAUUCUUGAGAACGAUCAACCUCGCCAUAGACAAAGUAACCGAUAUAAUCCCAGCGGAUUAUACUGCCAACGCACUGAUCAGUGUUAUGUGGGAUACCGUAAUAAGACAUCAAGACUGCGAUUACACAAAAUAUGAACAACCAAAAAUCUUCAAUUACGUUUCAAGCGCUGAUAGCCCGAUAACAUCGAAGGAAUAUAUUGAAGGAACGUCUGAACAUUACUACGAGUCACCACCUUUGCAGUCAAUGUGGUACGGGUUUUUCAUUGUGUACACCAACUUGUGGAUCGGCAUGGUUUUGAAAUUUUUCCUGCACCGGAUACCGGCAGCAUUGGUCGACUUUUUGUUAAUCAUAAGCGGAAAAAGUCCCAAAAUGUUGAAAAUGUAUGCGAAAGCAGAAAAUAUGAUGGGUUUAGUUCGCGUGUUUAGUACGAACCAAUGGAAAUUUGACAACAGCAAUACCGUCAAACUGUUAUCGUCACUAAGCAUAGAAGACCGCGACCGAUUUGAGUUCGGCAUGGUCAAUUUCGACUGGAAAUCAUAUAUAAAAACCUCUUACUACGGGAUUAGAAAACACAUACUAAAAGAAGAAAUUAGUAAUCUGGACAAAGCGAGAUCUAAAAACCGGAAGUUGUUCUGGUUGCAUAAAUUUUGCAUCGUUCUAUUUUUCUAUUUCAUAUUACAAUUGUGUUGGAUGUGUAUAAGAUAUAUAUGUACAUUUUAAAUUAAAUAUAAUAUUAUUAUAAAUGCAUGUGAUAUAUUCAUCGACCCGAUAUUUUUUAAGAAAACAUCAAUAAUUGUUCUGUACUUACUUACUAUUGUAAUUCGCAUAUAAUUACACUAUGGGAAUAUUAUUUAUUUACGUGUAACUAAUGUAUUAUAAUUAUUUAAAAAAAAAAAAAAUCAGUCUUCAUA